CGGCAACACAAGGGAAUUGAAUAAAGCUCUUCUAGCAAUCAUCUUGAUAUGAAUUAACGUGAGUGAAGUCUCAUGACUAAAGGAAUGGCUGUUGACAUGGUAGCAGAGAAAAGGGCUCACCUCAUAGCUUCCAGGAGCAGGUGGAGUAAAAUGGAGGAUCAGAUUGCAGUCUGCCCACAGCCCAGUGGUGAGAGACCGCGUAAUCAAGACAGCGUUCAGCAGUGGCUCAUAUCCAUUCAUGAGGAAAAUGCAAAACCAGAACCUAGUCAGGAAGCUCCAGCGGAGCCUCUGAAAAGAAACGCCAGCAACGAGGAUGACUUAGCACUAGGCACAGAAGCUUCUUUAUAUGGUAAACCUGCGGUGCAGACUGUUCAGGAAUUUCUGCGGUCAAGUCUACAGACGUCCGUGCUCCCUAGGUGGAACAGCUUGACAUCUGCACAGUCCACAUCUCUGAGUGUCAUGGAUGUGUUGAACCUGUGGCAGGAUGAUCCUGAGGAACUGUUGUUGGAUCUGGGCUUUGGCUGUGAGGAGCCUGAUAUUACGGGGAAGAUCCCAGCCCGCUUCAUUAACCAUCCUUCCAAAGCCCGUGGAAUCAACAUUCAGCUCUUCCUGGAGGCUCAGAAGAACAGGCUGGACAUUGAGAAUCCAGACGUCAGAAGUCGGUUUAGGCAGCUGGAGGUGCUGCAUCAGGUUACCACAGCCUUUAAUUCUCUGGUGGGAGGGCCCGCUGGAGCUAGCUCUCAGGGUGGGAACGGCACCUCAGGACCAGCUGUAUCGACAGAGGCCAGGGAGAAGAGGAAGAGGAUGGGAAUGUUGUUACGCAAAGCCUCCAAAAAGACCCUCAGCCAGGCCCAAGACCACCAUCCACUUGCCUCUCCCACUGAAACCACUACGUCCAGUCUAGAACAGUCUGCUGGUCCUCAUCCAGACAAACACAACCCUCUAGUCUUUGGCAGCCUGGCCCCAUUAGUAGAGGAGCAGGUUCCUGAUCCCAGUGAUUUUGCCAGUCCGAAUAGUACCACAGUUCCUCAGUCAGUUACUCCCACACUCAGAUCAAGGAAAAGGAGCCCAGGAGAAGUUGUGGAGUCUUUUGAAAUGGAGGAGAUCCAGAGUUUUGACGAAGGGAGCAUUACAGGCAGCUGCACAGGGACUACAGACCACACAGGUAUCUGUGAGCGGCCGUCUUUCUCUCGUAUGGAGUCCUCUGUUAUAAGGGCAAACAGCUGCCAGUCAGACAGCAGUGGCUUCAUGGAGGAGCCAUUCAUUCCUGCUCUCACGCAGCAGUCUUCUCCAGGACCGGAGCUCAUGAAGAUGCUGAAUGCCAUGUCAGGAGACAGCACAGACAGUCAGAGAGGCAGUGGGGACCAGUGUCAGCCAGAAACCAACGUUCAUUUUUCAGAGAGCCAGAACCAGGCUGAAACUGAGACUGAAUCAACUAUGGACACUGACCCUGACGCAGGAGCAGGUGUCGUCCAGGAGGAGACCACUCAGACUGAAGUCCAGGGUCCAGAUGGUCCCACGUUGGUCUCGGCUUCUCAGUCUUAUGACAUUGCACCAGAGGAAUCUGAGUUAGGAGCCUACUCUGAGGACACCAAUAACGAUGAGCUCUGUGCCAGAGAAGAGGAUGUUCAAAUGCCUCUGGAUACUGACCAAAGGGACACUGCUGAUGGGCAAGGUGAGGACAUAACCCAGCCAGGGGAAAGUUCUCCAAGCCCAGAAGUCACCCAGCCACAGGAAGGUUCUCCAAGUCCAGAUGCAGAACUGGUUCCAACUGAGCUGGGCUUAGACGGAGGAGAGAGUGAGAUGGUAUCUGUCCCCUCUAACACACUUCAGGAAGAACCCCCUAGAGCAGGUCCAGGUGGACUGUAUCUGGGCCGAUCUGUAUCAGUCCAGAUGCAUUCUCCCCUGUCCUCUGUUUCCCACACUGUCCCACGCAGGAGUUUGACCCAGAACCCGUCCCUAGAUCCCCAUUCUCAGAGCGCUCUCAGACGUAGGAGGGAGUCUUUCUCCAAGAAGGCGUGGUCAGACGCUGACAUUGUCAGCCUCUCAGAGGACGCAUCCCAUAGCGUAUCCGCUGCAACGCCGGCAGCGGAAAAGUGUUUCUCGCCUCACCCCUGGCGGUCUCAGGAAAGUUCUCGAGGGUUAGGAAGUUUUCAGAUGCGGUCGACAUCACUGGAUACGGGCCUGUCGUACGAGGACGGCGAUGGGCGAUGGGAGGGGGCGUUGAUGGCGGGGGCACAGUACUGCUGUUCCCAUGAGCAUCGAUGUCACUGCUGUCCACAGCACGGUCACCGCUCUGUAACUCAGGCUGAGCACCACUCUGCCUUCUCCUCUACACUGCCUUACUCUCUGGAGGAGCUGGAGGGCAUGAUGAGGUGCAUGAGGAAGUUCUGCUCCGUGCUGACGGAGAUCGAGGAGAGACUGGAGGAGGAGCAAGUCUCCAUGUACAGCUGUCUGUCAGACACACUCAGGGAGGAGAUGCAGGACAUUUUAGAGCUGAGGAGGGCUGUCAAAAAGGAAGCCAAGAUACUGGAGCAACAGCUAGCUGAGCUGGUCCAUCACUAUGACGACAACAUCAGAAUGAAAAUGAACAGGCUUCUGGACGAGCAGUCGGGACUGUGCUCUCAGCUGAAUAUCACCCCGUUUGAAAGAGCUUCCUCAUGCCGCACAUCCACCAGGAGCGUGGGUGUCCAGUGCUCCCUGCUGCCUGUUCCAGAGAACCCCGAGACAGAGCUCUCCGAAAAUCACAGCCAAGAGACGGAGGAUUCACCAGAACUUUCAGAAGCUUGCCCUUGCACUCUCCAGCCCACUGACUGGACCUCUGCUCCUAAACCAGACAAAAUGAACUUUGUUACAUUCAUUAAAAGCCUAAAGAAUUCCUUACAACUGUCCCUCAGCAAUGACUCACUGGAAUGA